AUGACCUUAUUUUAUUUCCGCUUUUUGUUAGAUGUUAUCCUAAGUGUAUUGGUUGCUGUGUUCCUCAUCUGUGGGAUUUUCUAUUCACUUUUUCCUGAACCACUUCCACUACUUCAAACCUUAAUAUUCUACUUAUCGCUUCCAGCUUCUAAUAUUUACGCAGUUAGAUCAAUCCUAAUCCUAUUCAUUUCAGUGGAACGGGUCAUUGCUGUGUAUUUCCCGAUAUUUUUCUACAAAUUUCAUACGUUUUGCCCGCGAUUUGUCAUAAUUAUAGUAGCCAUUAUCUAUGGGCUCACCGAGGACAUUGUGCUCUAUGUAUUUUGCGAUUUUCAACUCACUAUUCCAGAAAAUUGUACAGCUCUGGGAUGUGCUAUAAAUUCAUGUUUCUAUCGGUAUUGGACCACUCAUAAAUCGAUAGUUUUCGCAUUGAUAUUUUUGUUUGCAUUUUUCUUGUGCUCAAAAUUGUUCAUGCUCAAUAAAUCAGAGAAAAAAGAGAGGAACGAGCAACCCAGGAUAAACCGUCUUGCAAUGAUAGAUGCAGCCAAUGUGCUCUUAUCCGAGUUUCUUCCAAUAUUCGCUGCCAAUCAGUUGGCUCAGGCAGGAUUUUUCAAUUUUCAAACCCUUGGCUCAUAUGAAGUAGUGGCAAAAAAGUUUGGAUGUGCCGUGGAAGCCAUGUUGGUUUUAUACAUUUUGAGCUACAAACGUCAGAGCAAGGACGCGAUCGAUUCAAAGUUUCCAGUCACAAAAUCUACUUUUAUUACUGUAACUUGA